GAAUGUAUGAUGAGGGUACAAAUUCAUGCGCUACUCAAGGUUGUCCGUUGUGUAUGAACUAAGAAGUGUGCUUGAUGAGUGUAGUGUGAGAAACAGCCCAAAACAUAGGUACUUAAUGAACGGAUUCAUGCCUUGAGCAACCGGUCAGAAAUUCCAACGCCCUAUGAUGUGUUCUUUUAAAAGCUGGUUUUAAAUUCAUAAUGGAUUUUUUUCAACUGGAUAAAGUUCGGUGUUCAAUUCAAUCAGAUCACUGUUACGCAUUUGUGAACAAAACUGUAGGUGAUGAGGACGAAGAAAUAUUUAACUUGUCAUCUUAUCACUCACAAGAAGAAAGUAUUUUAGACGUCGGUGGGCCUAGUACUGCAGAUUCCAUUGGAGAAAAUGUGUGUCAAGAUGAUAUUCUACAUAGUGUAUACACUUCUGAACCAGAGUUAAAUGAAAAUAUUCAUCUUGAUCAACCUAAAGAUGAUUGUCAUACAUGGGUUCCGUGUGAAAAGAAGCACCUAUUAAAAAUUAUAUCAUCUUUAAGAAAAAUUAUAAGAAUUGAACACUUUUAUAGUUCUCAGUCUUCAGACGGUGAGCGUUUACAGUGUCAGAAGGAGCUUUGUGUUAAUCGAGCUGCCAAUAACUUGCGUAGAAUUUUAGCCGAACUUUCUUGGCAUGUCGAAAAAUGUUUCAGCCUUCAUUUGUGGUGUGUCAAAAAUCUUCCCCAAAAGCUUUUAUCACUCUAUGGCGUAGUUUAUUCUUUAUUAUGGCAGAAAAGCAAGGUUAAUCCAUUAUUGAAAGUUCUUAACUCAAUGCUAAAAGAACGAUAUGCAGAUGAUACAGCAGUCGAUCAAUUCUUGUCCAGUUUACAGUUAUCUAACGAUGAUGCUGAUGUAUCUAAGGAUAGUACAAAACAAGAUCCAUUACAAUCGUCUUCAAAACCAACUAUCAUUAAACCUAUUCAUCCGAUAUCUUUUAAUCGUUCCACAUCAAAUGAUGAGAUAGUUCUAGUGUGCAUGACAUUCCCGGCACCUCGUGACAGCAGAAGACUACGAAAGUUACUCAAUUUACUCGGAGAAAUUGGACGAGUUAAUUUAGAAAGUCAAGAUGAACAGAUGUGUGAUAGUAUGAGACUUCGUCUUCGAUUGUUCGUUCGACGUGUUAUCGGUGUGCUAGAUGAAUGUAAAAACGAGUCUGUUUAUCUUGUUGGUUUUGGCGUCGGAACUUUACUAAUGCUGUUGUCUGCUAUACACAUACUGUCUCUGGAUUCCCAUUUAGCUGGAAAUCGAACAAGUAUAGGUGGAAUUAUUUGUCUUGGUGUACCAUUACUUGGACUGAGGGGAGCUGGUAGUCGACUUGGUGGGUAUAAAGAAGCCUUGGAGUUCCGUAAAAAGUUACUGGCUGCUCGACAAUCUCAAGUACUCUGUCGAAAUGGAGUUAAUUCAAUGAAUAUAGAAUAUGGUCAUAAAUCGAAAUAUCCAAUUUCUAAUGGAUCUACUGAUAAUUAUUCAAUUCCAUCAACUUUUGAUUUACUAGUUGUAGGCGGUGCUGACUUUUUACUUCGAAUGCGACCGUCAGCAUGCAAACGUUGGUGUACUACACAAGAUAGAGUAGACUUGAGAAUAGUGAAAGCGAUCAAAAACUUUAUUCACAAGACGAAAAUGUUAUCAACAUCCUCCUCCUCGUCAAUGGAAUUUAUGUUGUCCCCAGCAGUGUCUUCUAGCGGGCGGUCACGAUUUGAUUUCAUGUCAACACAUCCAUUAUAAAAAUAAAGUACAAUCUCUCUCUCUCUCUUAUGAAUUUACGCUCGUACGGCUACUAAAUAUUAAUCCUACCAUACCGUAAUCCGCAGGGGUCUUGUGUGAGGAGUCAGAAAAGAACUUAUGAACUUUUUAAAUCAGUAACUGAACUGCAAAGUAUAAGCAAAGAUUAUUAUUGCAUAUUAUUAUCUAUUUAUAGUUCAUUAUGUUUCCAUCAACAUUCUGUUUACAGAGGUUUCAU